CAUUUACAACAAACAGAUCGUCAAAACUCACGGCAGCCACAAUGGAAGCCGACGCCGGUAACUCUUCCUCUUCCUUUCCCAUCAAAACCGUCGUCGUUUUGAUCCAAGAAAACCGAUCCUUCGACCACAUACUCGGCUGGUUCAAAUCCCUCAACCCAGAAAUCGACGGCGUCGACGGAUCUGAAUCCAAUCCUUUAUCCACAUCCGACCCGGACUCCGCCCGAAUUCCCUUCCGCGACAACUCCGAGUACCUCGACCCGGACCCGGGCCAUUCAUUCCAGGCCAUCUACGAACAGGUCUUCGGAAAACCAUUUAGCCCCGACCCGUACCCGGAAGUAACCAUGAACGGGUUCGUCCAGAACGCAGAGAGCAUUCAGCAAGGCAUGGCGGAGAAGGUGGUGAUGAACGGGUUUAAACCGGAGGCGUUGCCGGUGUUCAAGGAUUUGGUGAAGGAGUUUGGUGUUUGCGACCGGUGGUUCUCGUCGUUACCGUCGUCGACGCAGCCGAACAGGCUGUAUGUUCACUCUGCGACGUCACACGGAGCGAUGAGCAACGAUACGAAGAAGUUGGUUGAAGGGUUUCCGCAGAAGACAGUGUUUGAAUCCAUGGAAGAAAGUGGGUUUUCCUUUGGGAUUUACUAUCAGUCUUUCCCUAACGUGCUUUUCUACAGAAACAUGAGAAAGCUUAAACACAUAGACAAUUUCCAUCCGUACGAUCUAAGCUUUAAGAGGCACUGUCGGGAAGGAAAACUUCCCAAUUACACGGUAAUCGAACCUAGAUAUUUCAACGUAUUAUCGGCCAAGGCCAAUGAUGAUCAUCCUAAGAACAAUGUGUUGGAGGGCCAAAAACUGGUGAAGGAAAUCUAUGAGGCUCUAAGAGCAAGUCCCCAAUGGAAUGAAAUCUUGUUCCUCAUCGUCUAUGAUGAGCAUGGUGGCUAUUAUGAUCAUGUUUCAACUCCCAUUGACGGAGUGCCUAAUCCCGAUGGUUUAAUUGGUCCCGAACCUUAUCACUUUAAGUUUGAUCGUCUUGGUAUUAGGGUUCCUGUCUUUUUGAUUUCUCCUUGGAUUGAACCUGGAACAGUGUUACAUGGCCCAUCGGGUCCAGAACCAACGUCCCAGUUCGAGCACUCAUCUAUUCCUGCAACCUUGAAAAAGAUUUUCAAUCUAAAAGAGUUCUUGACAAAGCGUGAUGCAUGGGCAGGGACUUUUGAUACUAUUAUCAAUAGAACUACCCCUAGAGAAGAUUGUCCAGAGACAUUGUUAGAACCUAUAUUAACAAGGGAUUUUGAGGUAGAAGAAGAUGAAACACUAACUGAAUUUCAAGAAGAGUUGGUUCAAGCAGCAGCAGUACUGACCGGAGAACACAUUAAAGACAUUUAUCCAUUUAAGCUAGUGGAAAACAUGAAAGCUUCACAUGGUGCAAAGUAUGUUCAAGAUGCUUUCAACAAAUUCCUUAGCGAAAGUAAAAAGGCUAAGGAUGAUGGAGCUGAUGGGCAUGAGAUUGUUUCAUUAUUUAACCCAACUACAAAAACAAUUUUUUCCGAAACUUUUCUCCAGAAAGUGUUUUCUUGUUUGGUGUGUGAUAAUUAAUUAAAAAACUAAUACUUAAUUUAUAUGAUUUGUUUUAGUUAUAAUUAACUUUUAUAUUGAAUUUGUAACAGUAAUUAUAAGUUUGAUUUUCACA